CCGAUAUUUGAAUAACCUGCACGCGGAGGCUGGACGGCGCCGUCUGCGAGGUGACGGUGGAGAUGAAGAUACCGUCACAUCCCAGACCUCCUCCUCUUCCUCCUCCUCCUCCUCCUCCUCCUCUACCGCGUGUGUGCGUGCGUUUGCGUGUGCAUGUGUGGUCCACGCGUGUGUCUACCUAGUGGGCGUGUGCCUGCUCCUCCUCCUCCUCCUCCACCACCUCCUCCUCCUUCUCCUCCUUCGUGCCUGCAGACCGGAGACCGGGUGCAUGCGUGUGCACGCGCACCGGUGUGCUUUUUAUAUUUUGUCGUUGCACGCGGUGAAGCACGCUGAAGGUAAAUUUUGUUUUAUUUUUGUUUUAUUUUUAUUUUUCUGGAUGCGGAUCCACGCAGGAGCAGCAGCGGUCACGAGUGUGUAAUUCCUCUCUGAGUGUGCGUGAUUCCUCCUCCUCCUCCUCCUCCUCCUCCUCCUCCUCGGCGUGGAGGUGCGGGGCCACUCCUGGCUGUGUUGUUGCGGCAUUGGAUGGAUCUAACCAGCGUGUACGCGGGUGAAGCCUCGGGCGGCGCACACGGAGGGAAAUGAAAUAAAACAACAAUAAAAAAGAAAUUAAAUAACAGAAACCCCGGGGGAAUCCAUGCAUUUUGAUUGAAUUUUUAUUUUUGAUAUACAUCCUCCACCUGUCUACCUGUGCCUCCUCCUCCUCCUCCACCUCCUCCUCCUCCUCCGACAUGUCAAACUCCAACAAGAGCAAGAAGGACAAAGAGAUUCUCGCCGAAUACGAGAGUCAAGUCAAAGAUGUGCGGACUCAGCUGGUGGAGCAGCAGCGUUGCCUGGAGCAGCAGACCGAGAUGCGGGUCCAGCUGCUCCAGGACCUGCAGGACUUCUUCAGGAAAAAGGCCGAGAUUGAAACAGAGUAUUCCAGGAACCUGGAGAAGCUGGCGGAGAGGUUCAUGGCCAAGACUCGCAGCACCAAGGACCACCAGCAAUACAAGAAAGACCAGAACCUCCUCUCUCCAGUCAACUGCUGGUACUUGCUGUUAAACCAGGUGAGGAGGGAGAGUAAAGACCACGCUACGAUCAGCGACCUCUACCUGAACAACGUCAUCACACGUCUCACACACAUCAGCGAGGACUCGGCCCGACUCCUGAAGAGGAGUAAGGAGAUCAUCUUUCAGCUUCAGGAAGACCUCAUGAAGCUCCUGAAUGAGCUUUACACCGUGAUGAAGACGUACCACAUGUACCACGUGGAGACGAUCAGCGCGGAGACGAAGCUGCGGGAGGCGGAGCGUCAGGAGGGCCGCGUGAAGGGCGUGACGGGGACGGGCGGCGGGGGGGUGGAGCCUGUGUUCGGCCUGAGGAUAGAGGAGCGCCACCAGAGACGCAACGCCGCCCGCAAGAUGGAGAAGAUGAGGGAGAAGAGGAAAGCAAAGUACUCGGAGAACAAACUGAAGACUCUGAAAGCCAGAAACGAGUAUUUGCUGACGCUGGAGGCCACCAACGCCUCCGUGUUUAAAUAUUACAUCCACGACCUGCCCGACAUCAUAGACUGUUGUGACCUAGGGUACCACUCCAGUCUGAGCCGGGCUCUGAGGACCUACCUAUCCGCCGAACUGAGCCUUGAAGCCUCCAGGAGGGCCGGCCUGGAGGUGCUGGAAGGAGCCGUGGAGGGUUUGGACCCGGCCCGCGACCGGCAGCGUCUGCUGGGCCUCUACCCCACUGCCUUCUGCCCCCCACAGCGCUUCAGCUUCCAGUCCCACAUGGGCGACACAGUGAACCAGAUCGCCUCCCAGCCACAGGUCCAGGCCGAGCUCACGCUGCGUCUCACUCAGCUCCAGACUCGCCUGGCGUCCCUGAAGAUCGAGAACGAAGAGGUGAAGAAGACCUGGGGUGCGACUCUGACCACCCUGCAGGACAUGACGGUGCUGGACGACUACGACGUCUCCCAGAGCUUCACCCACAGCCCGUCGUCCGAGUCGGUCAAGUCCAGCGUUUCGGACGGCUACUUGAACAAACCGAGCCUGGCUAAGAGACGGGCCAACCAGCACGAGACGGAGCUCUUCUACUUCAAUAAAUUCCGCGAGUAUCUGGAGGGAAGUAAUCUCAUUUCCAAGCUGCAGGCCAAACACGAUAUACUGAAGAAAGCCUUAGCGGAGGGAUAUAAAGCCGAACUGCUGACUACCAGUCGUGGGCGGAAGAACUCCCACAGCAAGCACCAGGAUUCAACCAAAGCCAUACCUUUGCUUGUGGAGAGCUGCAUCCGCUACAUCAACCUACACGGUCUUCAGCAUCAAGGAAUAUUCCGGGUGUCGGGAUCUCAGGUCGAGGUCAACGACAUCAAGAACUCCUUCGAAAGAGGCAACGACCCGCUGAUUGACGAAGAGAGCAACCACGACAUCAACUCUGUGGCUGGCGUGUUGAAGCUCUACUUCAGGGGUUUGGAGAACCCGCUGUUCCCCAAGGAUCGAUUUAAUGACCUGCUGUCCUGCGUCCGGAUAGAAAACCUGUACGAGCGAGCGCAGUGCGUCCGUAAGAUCCUGCUGGGCGUCCCGAGGGCGACGCUGGUGGUGAUGCGCUACCUGUUCGCCUUCCUCAACCACCUGUCCCAGUACAGCGACGAGAACAUGAUGGACGCCGGGAACCUGGCCAUCGUGUUCGGCCCCACCCUCCUGCCGACGCCCGACACCCUGGACCAGGUGGCCUGCCAGGCCCACGUCAACGAGGUGGUGAAGACGGUCAUCCUGCACCACGACAACAUCUUCCCCGACACCAAGGAGCUGCCCGGCCCGGUUUACGAGAAGUGCAUGACCGGAGACCAGUACUGCGAGAGUCCGUUCAGCGAACCCGGAGCUCUGGAGGAGACGGAGCCGGACGCCGGCACCGAGACCCAGACCAGCGACGAGGAGGGUGAGGCCGUGGAGGCGGUGGCGAGGUUCGACUACGUGGGCCGGUCGGGCCGCGAGCUCUCCUUCAAGAAGGGGGCGUCGCUGCAGCUGUUCCAGCGCGCGUCACAUGACUGGUGGGAGGGGCGUCUGAACGGGAGCCGCGGCCUCGUGCCUCAUCAGUACAUUGUGGUGAAGGACAGGCGAGUGCACAGCCCCAGAUGGGCCGACGCCGUGUCCGACACGCUCAGCCAGAAAGCGGCCGACAGCGACGGAGGAAGCAGCAGCACCGACGAUAAGAGGUCCAGGAGCGAGCUGAGCUCCCCCACCGACAUCCGGCCUCCGGAGACCUACAACAGCCACCGGAGGAAGAGGACGGACGGUUUGUUCCGCCGGCCGCUCUGCCGCUCCAACGACAACCACGGCAACGGCGGCGUGAUGGAGCGGAGCUCCCCGCCGGUGACGGGUCACUUCAGUCCCCGGGAGCUGCUGCUGGGGCGGGGCCAGGGUUUGACCCCGCCCCUCGACAGCCCGGAGCGCCGGCGCCGCUCCGCCGCCGUGACCAUGACGGUGAGCCGGCACGACUCCCUGCGGAGGCCCGAGGACACGCCCAUACGGCGCUCCAGCAGCGGCCAGCACGGCUUCGGGGACUCGCACCGGUCCAGAGUCCUGGACCCCGACGCGCUGGCUCAGGACAUCGAGGAGACGGUGACCGUGGCCCUGGGGGAGCUGAGGCAGCUGGAGCGCCAGGGCUGCCGUCCGGCGCCCGACGUGGUGCUGGACACUCUGGAGCAGGUGAAGAACGGCCCCGUCACCACCUGCUCCUCCGAGUCCCCGAGCCCCCACAGCACCCCCAGCACCCCGGGCACCCCGGGGACCCCCGGGACCCCCGGGACGCCGGGCACCCCGGGCACCCCGAGCCCGCUCAGCCCCCUGAGCCCCAUCAGCCCGCUCCCGGGACCCCCGCCCGGACCCCCCCGGCCCGCCAACCCGUCCCCGGACGCCCUGGGCUCCUUCAAGCCCGUGGCGGCCGCCCGCAUCGGGGCCCCGCUGCGCCCCCCCGCCCUGAGGCCCAAGCCCAUGGUCCCGCCCAAGAGCAGCACCCCCCCUCUGCCCCCGCCGCUGGACAAAUCCUGCACCAUGUGAGCCAAACCAGGCCGAACCAGGCCGAAUCAGGCCUACCCGGGCCAAAACUGGGCCAGACGAGGAGAUCAGGGUACCGCUUAGUGUUCAUAAUCAAACAUGAGGGUAGGAACGAGACAAAAAGGCUUUUAAUGUAGUAAUAAAAUCUAAUAUAUGACCUAUGAUAUGAUAUGCCAUGAUAUUUAUGUGUCGUCAGGUUGGUGUGUGCUCUCUUGGUGUGUAGGAGUUUCAUUUCUCCGUGUGUCGAAGCAUUUAUCAGAGGUUUAGCUCAGAGGUUUGGAGAGAGGAGAACGCGAAGGAGCCUGAGACGUAGGACACAUAGUUUCAGUGACGUCGGUGAAUGUCGGCUGUGCUGCCACGACGACCACGAGGUUUAGGACCACGACGCCGAGGACGACGACGACGACGACGACGUCCCUCUUUCUAUUUUUUUAUUUUCCACUCGGUUCAGCUGCUACGCUCACUUACACCUCAAAACCACGAAACGCCUCGUGAGGUCGUCGGUGACACAGAACUUAUUUAACCAACUAUUUAAUGAAUGUUUCCAGUAUUUAAAAAAACAAAAAAAACUAAACAAAAGGAAAAAGAGACGACUGUUCAGCCAUUUAUUGAAUGUCCAGCGAGCUGCUGCGGCGCCCGCUCCACUUUUUAACAGCCUUCUUCUUCUUCUUCUUCUUCUUCUUCUUCUUCUGUGGUGUGUGUUUGUUUUUUACGUUUUUAUUUUCCCCUGCACCCUCGAAACUGAAGCUAUAAACUGGUUGAAAGGAGGGUGGUGUUUGGUUCGUGUGCGUUUUGGUCGUUGGAUUUUUCCGCUCAGAAAAAACUAUUUAAUUUUAUUUGACUUUUAAUUUAAAAUUCAAAAAUUUAAAUUUAAAUUUGGGAUGUUUUUCUUUAUUAGGGUUGAGAAGGGAUAAACAAAACUUUAAAACUGGUCUAUUUCCAUUUUCUGUUUUAAAAAAGAAAAAUUAAUCAGAAGAAAAACAAAAAAAAAAGCGCACGUUUUUUUUUUAUAUAUAUUUUGCAAACGAAAGUUGCCGUUUUCAAAAUAAGGGCACGUGUGAGGACGGGACCGUGUUUCCGCCGAAAUAUAUGACUUUAUCUGUGGUUUCCUUAGCUAAAGCUAAAGCUAAAAUGUCUUUGUAACAUUACUCUGACGUUGACUUUGACUUGGCAAAACAAAAACUUGGCGAAGUCUCUACGCUCACAUCAGGCUAAUGUUAGCUAGCGGCUAACUGUUCCCUGAUUUUAUGUAGUUAUUUUAAUUUUUUACCUGAAAUAUGCGCCUUAAUUUUUCUGCAGUCAUGUCUUCUUCCCUCUUUUAUUAUUUAGAGAAACACUUUACUGAUCCAAGUCCACGUCCAUCAACCUCUGUCACACGGCGCCGUCCUCACACGUGCUCUUACUUUGAAAGCGACAACUUCCGGUAAUGAAAAAAUCCGGCGAUUAUUAUUAUUUUUUUUUUUUUUUUCUGUCUUGUAACGCUUUUGUUUUUUGUUUUUAGGAACUUGGAAAAUUAGAGAAAAUUACCUUGAAUUUUAAUUUUUGAAUUUUGAAAUGAAAAUCAAAUAAUGAAUUUUUUUUUUGGUCCUUUUCUGAACGGAACAUGCAAAGACUAAAAACAUGCACGGACCAGGCCGAGGGCUGUGGGGGGGAUGGUAGUAGUAGUGGGGGCUUUUGGGUGGUUGUACGAUUUAGUUUCUUGUUGGUUUGAGACGAGUGAGUGCGUUGCCUGCCCUUGUUCUGCUCCCUUCCUUAAGUGCAGAACCACUAGAGUAGAAAUAGAUAAUUCAUGCCUUUAGUGCCACGACACGCAAA